UAAACAGCAAGGCAAAAGAAGCAGACUCACCAUUUGCUCUGUACGCUGAGGGAGUUCACUUCAACAACCAGCUUUCUAAAAAAACAGGAGAAAAAAAAAUCUUGAAUUACUUUGGAAACAAACAGAGGGACUGAGAGAAGAAUUCAAAACCCUAAAGAAAAAAGGAUUAGACUGAAGUCUUUGAAGGAAAACUUGUAAGCGGGAUUUUUCUGUUUGUGUGCAGGGUGAGACUUGUGAAGUGAUUUCCUUGUUGGCAUAGUGAGGAAUAGGACAGAUUUAAAUGCCAUUAUGUAUGUAACUGCUGUAAUGGCAAACUCAACUUUCCAACUCAUAGAGGACUGUAACGCCACCAACAGGGCUCUGUAUAAAUUCUAUGCGGCGAUCAUGAUCGUGAUCUUCAUCCUGGCUUUGCCUCUGAACGCCUCCGUCCUCCACCUCUUCAUAGUCAAGCUGAAGUUCUGGAAGUCCAACACAAACAACGUCUUCCUUUUCAACCUGGUGCUGGCCGACAUCCUGCUGCUCAUUUGCCUGCCCAUAAAGGCGCACAACUUCAUCCAAGGUGAGAGGAGGAGCGGGAACGAGGUGGUGUGCAAAGGGAUGCUCUUCAUGCUGUUUUUGAACCGAGGAGCCAGCAUCGCCUUCCUCACCGUCACCUCGGUAGAUCGGUAUUUCAACGUGGUGCACCCGGGGAGGAAGAAUUUCCUGAGGGCCCUCAAGAAGUCUCCUCUGAUCUCGAUCCUCAUCUGGCUGCUCCUCCUGCCCCUCACCAUCCCCACCAUGCUCAAGAACUUUGACUGCUGCAACAGCCACAAGAACGGCGACCCAAAAGAUGACACCUUGAUUAAGGAUGUGGUGGACAGUAUGCGAGAGGCGGUCUUCUUCACCCAGAUCGUCAUCCCCUUUGUCAUCCUGGUGUACUGCACGGUGCACAUCGUCAAACGGCUCAGGAUGAAGACCGUCGGGAACACUACCAAGCUGAGGAGAGCCGUGUUCCUGGUGACCUCCGUCAUGGUGGUGUUCUCCUUCUGCUUCCUGCCGUGCACCAUCGCCCGGAUGGUGCUGCUGAUCGCUCGCGUCGAGGAGUGGCCCGAGUACAGGCAGGACAAAGCCGCCGUGGCCUUCGACGGCCUCAUGGUCCUCUCCUACAUGGACUGUCUGCUGGAUCCGCUCGUCUACUGCUUCUGCAGCACCAAGUUCAAGUCUCUCUAUCUGACCAACUACUUCCCGUGCCUGGUGAAAGACACUGCGAUCCCGCCGGACAGCUCAACGGGAAACACACAGAAUUGCACACGCACCAAUGUCAUUUAAAAUGAAAAAACAGAGGAGGUGAACCAACAGAUACUACCUGUGAUGGACAUGGUGUCCUAAAAACUGUACAUAUUUUAAGAAAGAGGACUUUGAUUAGAAGUGCAAAGAGAGAGGAUGAAAUUAUUUUAUUUUGCUCAAAUCGAUUCUUGAAUCUGAGAAUUUAGAGGCACAUCUGUAAAUAGGAGGGGAUGCUGGUGAACUUUAUCUGUAGUGAAACAUGAGGGUUUAUUUCUGAGGGCCCUCAGCUUAAAGAAUGCACAUCUGUUUCUCGGUUUAUCUUGGACAGCGACAUAAGUUAUGAGUUAGAACCAUGAAAACUCCUUUGUAGUGUUUCAUGGCUAAAAAAAAA